AAAACGCGUUUAUCCAAGAGCCGAGAUAUCCCAUACUUUUAUGCUGAGAGAACUCUUCCCAAGAAUUAUUACUGUAGUUGAAAAGGGAUGGGCGUGAAUCGCCCUCUAAAAGGAUGAAGUAGUGAUUUCUUUUCUUCACUCUUACUGGGCGCGCGCUUCACGCUCUGUCUCUCAAGACUGCUGAAGGAGCGGGAAAUUACUUCUAACUAUGGAUUUAACAGGAAACAUUGCACAAAAUACAUCGAUCACCUUCCUGAUAUCAAACUGAUGCGCAUUGAGGAGGAGGGGUAAAAUAGAGUGUGUGACGGUGAAAGAGAGAGUGUGUGACGGUGAGAGAGAGAGGUUAGUUUAGACCAGGUGAUAGAGCCACAACAAACCUCCAAGGGGCUGGUGGUAAAGAUCAGUUUGCACAGGAUUCUUGUUCCGAUCAUGGUGCCAGCAGCCUGUCCCGGACCUUUAGCCAUGCUGGCUCUCGCCUUUCUCCUGGGAUGUGGCAUAGGAUUCUGUCUGGGCCAGAAUGACACGGAGCCCAUCGUUCUGGAGGGGAAGUGUCUGGUGGUGUGUGACUCCAACCCCUCUUCUGACGGCGGAGUCACUUCUUCGUUAGGGAUAUCUGUCCGUUCCGGCAGCGCCAAAAUUGCUUUCUCGGCCGUCAGAGGGACAAACCACGAACCUUCAGAGAUGAGCAAUACAUCCAUGACCAUCUAUUUUGACCAGGUCUUGGUAAACAUUGGCAAUCAUUUCGACCUAAAAGCUAGUGUGUUCACUGCACCACGAAGAGGAAUAUACAGUUUCAGCUUUCAUGUGGUCAAAGUCUACAACAGACAAACCAUACAGGUUAACCUGAUUCAGAAUGAAUAUCCGGUCAUAUCUGCUUUUGCUGGAGAUCAGGAUGUUACACGGGAGGCAGCGAGUAACGGAGUGCUACUGAUGGUGGAGCGCGAGGAUCGAGUCUAUCUCAAGUUAGAGAGAGGGAAUCUAAUGGGCGGAUGGAAAUACUCCACGUUCUCUGGAUUUUUAGUUUUUCCUCUAUAACUGACUCGCAAACGAGUUUACGCCGAGUGACAUUAAAAAAAAAAUAACUAAAAAAA